AUGAAGGAGGUGAAGGAGUCCAGAGGCCAGCAACUCACGGUGGCCCUUCGGAUCCGGCCGAUCAGCAUGGUGGAGCUGGAGGAAGGAGCUACUCUCAUAGCUCAUAAAGUGGAUGAACAGGUGGUAGUGCUCAUGGACCCCAUGGAGGACCCCGAGGACAUCCUGCGAGCCAACCGCUCCCGCGAGAAAUCCUACGUCUUCGACGUGGCCUUCGACUUCACGGCAACUCAGGAGAUGGUCUAUCGCGCCACCACCAAGGGCCUGAUCGAAGGCGUCAUCUCCGGGUACAACGCCACCGUCUUCGCCUACGGCCCCACCGGCUGUGGGAAGACAUACACCAUGCUGGGUACAGACCACGAGCCCGGCAUCUACGCACGCACCCUCCACGACCUGUUCAGAGCCAUUGAGGAGACCAGCGACGACAUGGAGUAUGAGGUGUCCAUGUCCUACCUCGAGAUCUACAACGAGAUGAUCCGGGACCUGCUCAACCCGUCGCUGGGCUUCCUGGAGCUGCGGGAGGACGCCAAGGGAGUGAUCCAGGUGGCGGGGAUCACAGAAGUCUCCACCAUCAACGCCAAGGAGGUCAUGCAGCUGCUGCUGAAGGGGAACAAGCAGCGGAUGCAGGAGCCCACGGCCGCUAACCAGACGUCGUCGCGGUCCCACGCCGUGCUGCAGGUCACCGUCCGCCAGAAGAGCCGCAUCAAGAACAUCAUGCAGGAGGUGCGGGUGGGGCGGCUCUUCAUGAUCGACCUGGCUGGCUCCGAGAGGGCGUCUCAGACCCAGAACCGCGGGCAGAGGAUGAAGGAGGGAGCCCACAUCAACCGCUCGCUGCUGGCGCUGGGGAACUGCAUCAACGCCCUGAGCGACAAGGGGGCCCCCAAGUACGUCAACUACCGCGACAGCAAGCUCACCCGCCUCCUGAAGGACUCCCUCGGGGGCAACAGCCGCACGGUCAUGAUCGCGCACAUCAGCCCGGCCAGCAGUGCCUUUGAGGAGUCCCGCAGCACCCUCACCUACGCCGACCGCGCCAAGAGCAUCAAAACCACGGUGAAGCGGAACCUGCUCAAUGUCUCGUACCACAUUGCCCAGUACACCAGCAUCAUCUCGGACCUGCGCAGCGAGAUCCAGCGCCUCAAGUGCAAGAUCGACUCGCAGGGGCCGCGCCCGGCCCGGGGCGAGCGGGGCGACAUCCGCCACAUCCAAGCCGAGGUGCAGCUCCACAGCUCCCUCUGCGACCGGCAGGAGAUGGACCAGCUGCGGGAACAGCUGAUCGGCGCCUUCCAGGAGCAGAUGGACGUGCGGCGCCAGCUGAUGGAGCUGGAGAACAGCUCCAUGGAGCUCCAGAUCGAGAGCACCCGGCACCUGCUGACCAUUGCAGACUGGGACCAGGAGAAGAGGCGCCGCGCCCAGAAGUGCAGGGAGGAGCUGAGGAAGGACGAGAGCGAGAAGGAUUCAGACACUGGGGACGAGCAGCCGGACGCGCCGGAGCCGCAGGACGUGAUCUCGGCCAGGGAGAACAUUGCCGCCCUCACGGGGGAGCAGAAGAAGCUGCGCAAGCUAAAGGCGGAGCUGGAGAAGCGGUUCAAGGAGAUCCGCCAGCGGGGGCGGCGGCUGGAGGAGGCGCUGCCGCGGCGCAUCAGCUCGGAGGAGCAGCGCGAGGUGCUGAGCCUGCUCUGCAAGGUGCAUGAGCUGGAGCUGGAGAACACGGAGAUGCAGUCCAGCGCCCUGCUCAAGGACAACGUCAUCCGCCACAAGAGCUACGUGGUGCGGCGCUUCGAGCAGCACCGCAGCCUCUGCGACCGCAUCAUCCAGCAGCAGAGGCAGAUCAUCCACGAAUAUCACCUCUCGGUCCCACACCACCUGGAGGAGCUGUAUGAGAUCUACCUGCGGGAGCUGGAGGAGGGCAGCCUGGACCGGGUCGCCAGCCUGGACCGCGUGGCCGCCAAAGCCCUGAAGGACACGUCUCUGCCCAAGAUCCCCCAGCUCCUGGCUGCAGAGAGCGCCCUGGACUCUGACCAGGAGAGUGUGAGGACGCUGGGCUCGGAGCACCAACUGCUGCUGCAGCGCGACUCCCGCAGGCAUGCCCUGCCGCCCCUCGUGCCGGACGCAGAGAGCGACCCGGCCCAGGUGUUCAGGACCAGCCCUCGGGUGCGGCAGAUCAAGAGUUCGGCUGUGAUGACCCCGCCCCCGAUCCAUGUGAACGGCAUGGUGACCCAAGAGGCAGCGGCCAGACGCGCUCACCUCCCGUCUCUCCCCCAGUACCUGCACCGGGGGAGCCUGGCCAGCCUGGAGAGCCACCCCAACUCCUCCCCGGACAGCAGCGAGAACUGCUCGGACGUCGCCCUGACGCGCAGAGAGCGCAGGGAGAUCCUGAGCAGCACCAAGAGCAUUGCGGUGAAGGCCGCCCGGCGCCGCUCCCGGGUGCUGGAGUCCGACCGGCUGCGCCUGCUGGAGCCCAUGAAGGAGCGGAGCAGCCUGUCGCUGCACUCCCUGAGCGAGAGCGAAGACCCCCUCUCCCCAGAGACCCCCGCCUCCCGGCGCCCGCCCUGCCCCGGCCUGCAGCAUGCCGCCAGCGAGGACAACCUGUCCAGCAGCACUGGGGAGACGGCCUCGCGGGCCGAGGGCCUCCGCCCCAGCCACUCCCCUGGGCCCUGGCUCCGGGGGCACAAGAAGGGUGGCAAGAAGCUGGGGAAGAGGGAGGAGUCGUUGGACGGCAAAAGGCGGAAGCGACGGUCCAGGUCCUUUGAGGUCACCGGCCACGGGCUCCCAGGACCGAAGCCCAACGUAACUCGGUCCCGCCCCCUCGAGAGCAACUCUGAGCACAGGAUGCCGGCGGGGGGGCCGCCGGCGCCGCACCCCCGGGCGCCUGGCAAAGCCAAAGGGAGGCUCCCGCAGAGCCAGCAUGCAGGUCCGGGGGACCCGGCGUCUCUCCCGCUCCCCCUCCCUCAUCCCAGCAGCUUGAAGAAAGGCCCCCAGCCCAGCCAGCGCCCCCGCCUCAGCUACAUCACGCUGAACGGCACCAACGCGUACGCCAAGGACGGCAGGAGCCGGCGCUAUUGA